AUGAGCACACGUCCAGCUUCUCACAGUGGGUCCUGGUAUAGCUCAAACCCAGGCAAGCUGUCUACACAGCUGCAGCAAUUUUUAGGAACAAAUGCAGUGGUGAGUGGAGCACGAAUCAUCGUGUCUCCGCAUGCCGGCUAUUCAUUUUGUGGAAGCACCAUGGGCAAAGCGUAUGGAGCUUUGGACUUAACUGGCGUCAAACGAGUUUUCGUUCUGGGACCGUCCCACCACGUCUACUUCAAGAAUAAAGGUUUGGUGACAGGUUUCGAGCUGCUAGAAACACCAAUGGGCCCUUUAAAGGUCGACACUGAGGCGGUGGAGACUCUGAUUCAAGAUGAAUGUUUCGAUUAUAUGGAGCCUGAGACCGAUGGUGAUGAGCAUUCGUUGGAGAUGCAAUUCCCGAUGCUCUACGCUACGUUGAAACUGCGCAAAAUAAGCCCUCAAAGCAUUAAAGUCGUCCCCAUUAUGAUAUCUCAUAAUUCGGCGCUCAAGGACUACCAUCUGGGCAAAACCCUGAGCAAGUACCUGAAGGAUCCGGAAAAUGCGUUUAUCUUGAGCUCAGACUUUUGUCAUUGGGGUAGGCGGUUCAACUUCACCGGGUACGUGGGCGACAAGAACGAAGUUCAAGAGGCCUUGGCUGAAGAUACCGAAAUUGAGUCUCUUACCGCAAGAAGCAAGCUGUCCCACCAUCAGGUGCCAGUUUGGAAAAGUAUCGAAAUUCUAGAUCGAUAUGCCAUGUCGAUUCUAGCUCAAGAAGAACCUCACGAUAAGUACGAGUUGUGGAAACAUUAUCUGGAAGUCACUGGAAAUACAAUUUGCGGUGAAAAGGCCAUCAGUGUUAUGUUGUGCGCGUUGAGUAAAACACCUGGCGGUGCUCAAUUUGAGUGGCCUGGGUACUCACAAUCCAGCCAGGUCACCAGUGUGAUGGAUUCGAGCGUGAGCUACGGGGCAGGAUACUGCAGGAUUUAG